UUUAAACCCUAAUGUCUGUCGUGGCGUUCCGGGCUCUUCGUCUCUUCUCCGUCGCACGCAGCGCUAGCCCUAGAGGAUCGGUCCGCCUUCGCGCUUGCUCCACCACCGCCACGGCCUGCUGCGGCGCCAUGGAGCAGUUUGAAUCGUUCCGCGCAGAGAUGGAUGCGUCCAAUGCCGUGAGGGAGCAGCUUCGAUCGGCGGUGUCAGAGCUGGACAACGCCACUCGCCUCAUGAAUGCGGCAUUGCUUCCAAUCCAUCACUCCUCCUCCGGCGAUAGUAUCAAGAAAGCCAAGAGCUACCUUCCAGAGAUACGAAAGGCUUACAUGGACCUCACGGCGAUCAUCAAAGCUCGGCCCGAGGAGUACUACAAGUAUCACGACUACUGGCGGAAUCAAACGCAGGUCGUGGUUUCCUUGCUCGCAUUCUCGCACUGGUUGGAGACUGGAGAUCUUCUUUCUCACGCUGACGCGCAAGAGCUCCUGGAGCUGAAGAAAGAAGAUUUCUUUCUGGAUCUAGACGACUAUCUAGUGGGCCUAUGCAACAUGUCCAGCGAGCUGCCAAGAUACGUCGUGAAUCAAGUUGUCGCGGGAGCUUACGAUUGUCCCGAGAGAGUUUCGCUGUUCUUGAGCGAUUUGUACUCCGCGUUCCGGCUCCUCAAUCUCCGAAACGAUCAUCUCAGGAAGCGAUUUGACGGAUUGAAAUACGACCUCAAGAAAGUCGAGGAGAUUUUGUAUGACGUGAAGAUCAGAGGGCUUCUUACAGGAAAGGAAAGCAAGACACCGGAAGAGACCAAGUGAUAAUGAUCUCAGGUAGCUCGCUUUUAUUUUAUAGUAGCACUACCCCAAACUAGGAAUGAUCCAUCAUCCUAGCUUGGGAACUUGACUCA